UUGUGUUCCUCAUCAGCACACUGUCCGCCGGCAUGCUGCUGUCUUUGUUUGUGAUCAACAAGGCGGGAGGGGUUGUGUACCAACAAGACCUGAGUUCGGACGCACCCAAGAUUAGCAGCAAUGAUCGCUUGCGCCUUGGGUCCACGUUUCACAGCAUCCAUGCCAUCGCAGCGCUGGCUGCGCCUGUGGCGUCCAAAGGAAUUGUGUCCAUGGACACGGACUCGUUCCGGUUGCAAUGUUUCCAGACGCUGACAGGGACAAAGUUCUUCAUCACGGCACUCCCCAACAUAUCAAGCGUCGAGUUGGAGGCUGUGUUGCGCCAAAUCUACGAGUUGUACGCAGACUACGUGCUCAAGAAUCCGUUCUACGAGCUCGAAAUGCCCAUUCGCUGCCACCUCUUCUACUCCAACCUCCAGCUUCUCGUGGACAAAGUGAACACCUUGUCCGCUAAACGUUCAUAUUAAAGAUCCAUGCAUUGUCAAGUGUCCUUGGCAUUUGCC